AUGAGUCUCACUCGACGUGAUGACAACGUUCCUCAAUCGGACACAGGUUUAUGUCUGCUCUCGAUCAAGAGAUUGGAGGAAACACCCCGAGCAAACGUCUCCCCGGCUGCAGAUACUAUCGCGAGUACUAAGGAUCCCGAACAACCAGCUGAUCAGCGUUGCAGAUGUCAGUAUUUGUGGAUGCACGAGAUUCAUGGGGUCCCGGCGAUAAUGAUGUCAUACAGCUUAGAAGAAAAGCUGCUGUGGGCGCUUAUAUUAGCCAUCUGUGGUUUGGUUGCGUUUUAUAACACGAAAACAAUGUUGGGUAACUAUGUGCAGCAGCGAUCCGCUACGAAAAUUACAAUCGUCCCGGUAAAAUCUAUGGAAUUUCCUGCUUUCAUAUUCUGUUCGAAAAAUGCGGAUGUUCUGAACUAUACCGCUCUGCAAAACGGUAACUUUUUUCUCAAUUCCUUUACAAAAGCCGAACUAACGCGUUUAUACAAUGUUUGGAGAGGAAAUAAAAGUGUUCUUGAGAUGUUUGACUUCGUAUUCAACGAAAAUGGAUUUACAUGCGAAGAAUUUUUUCAUACUUGCUGGUUAGGACCGCUUACCUUGGAUUGCUGCGAUAUUUUUGUACCAACAUUUGCUUUGUUGAGAGGCAGAUGCUUUCGACUAGCUGUUGGUCAGAAUCAGACAAAUUCAGAUGAAGCCGGUAAACUUGUUGUUUUUUUGAAGCAAUUGAAAGGCCGACUUGCUGGAAAAAAGAAUACGGGUGAACUGAUCAUGUAUAUUGGAGACACUCAUCCAGAAAUAGGAACUUCUCCUAGAUUUUAUUUAUCGCCAAACACUUGGAAUCGCUUUCGAAUAACUCAAAAACGAUUUUCAUUUUUGCCUAAUAAUCCCGAGUGUUCCACGAGACUCAUAGAUCAAGGCAUUGGAACUUGUUAUGUUUAUGAGUUUCUGCAUAAGGUUUUGAUUGGUCCGCUCAACUGCACAUUCCCAUACUACAAAGAAAUGCUGCCGUAUUUGAACAGCACUCCAGUAUGUGACCCUUUGAUCAUUCUGCAAGACUACGCAAGGAUCACAAAUACCAUUAUUGAAAGUGAUUGUGUUGCGGCGUGUGAGCGUGUAGAAAAUGCAUGGGACUGGAGAACCAGCUCAGAUCUUUCUAAGAAUAAGAAACACUCGUUCCGAGUGGAAGCGUCAUUUACUGAUUUGGAGGUAUUCAUAUGCAUUCUCAACCUUGAUUAA